UAAUUCUACAAUCAUAUUUCUAUACAAUUUAUUUAUCCUGUGCUUUUUUAGAUAUAAAAAAGCUCGGGUUUUCUUUUUCUUUUUUUCUUUUCAAAGGGAUUAAAGUCGCCUUUUUCUGGGAAACAAGUACAGAGGUAACGAACGCCAUCUUGAAACGUUGCAGAGCGCAAUCUGGAAGGUCAAACAUGAACCUGGGAUAUGUUCAGAAUUUACUUCAUUUACAACUUUUACUUUGGAUAUUUUAUUUAUUUUUGUAGAGCAAACCGACCAUAUGGUCAAAUUUCCUGUAAAAUACCGUCUCAAUCAACGAAAAGAUAAAUCAGAUCUAAUUAAGGGACAAAUACUUUGAGAAAAAGUUAUCUGGUAAAUAGAUCGUUAUUAAAUACGUAAUUCGAUGAUUAUUAUCAUAAAUGAUCACUAAUCAACAUUAUUUACCCCAGGUUUGCAGAACUGCACCCGGAGGAUUGUUAGCUGGCAGCCAGCUAGCGUUAGCUGUCUGUCGCGGUAGCUAAUAAGCGGCCAAAUGCAGGGUGCUAGCUUGUAGUUAGGAAAAUGAUAUUUGAUAUAUUUAGCUAGCCAGCUAGCAAACAUUUUGCUAAUAUACCGCGCUAAUGAUUUCACUGCCUGUAUUGCUAGUGAUCAAUUUGGCCUUGUUAUGAAAAUAAAUGGAAAUACCUAGUUAGCUAGCUCGGUAGCUAACAGUAGUUAAUUAGCUGAUGUAGCUAACGUCUGAUCUUACAGCAAGGUCUAGCUUGCUAGCUAGCUACGCACUUACUAAACAGAUCUAGGUAGCGCUAACUUUCGUGUCUAUCAUUUGCUGUAUUAUCAAAGGUGCGGAAAGAUUAAGUUAAGAUCAAAGUAUGUAUUCCGAAUCAGUUGGUAAUAUAAUGUAAAGUAUCUCACACACAAAAAAUCAGGUUAAACCUAAUCCAGACCCAUUAAUAAUCAAAAUGAUGAUAGCUACACGUUGUCUGGUAAAUUAGCUUAGUCUUUAUGGAUAGCUACCCGGCAAGCUUGAUACAAUGUAUCAUAUGCAGUUUUUUUUUUUUUAGUAUUUUCGCGGAUAGCUGUCGGUUUUCUUAUCACAAGACUACUUUGAAAACCAUCCGCAUUACCAAACGUGAAUGCAUGCCUUGACGUUAUGCAUUUGGUAACUAAUAACACAUUAAUUACAUUUUACGUACUGGAGGUUCGUCGCCUGUCGUGUAUUCUAAAUGCAUUGUCUUAAAUAACUACCUAUGUUUUUAAAAUGAAUACAAGUUUAGGUUAUGUUGCCAGUUAAACAUUUCCUUUUAAGGCACGCUUCCCUUCCACAUUCAUCGGAGUAUCCGAAUUGUGACAUACCUUCCCUUUAUGUUAGUUUAAGUGAAAAUGGUCUUUCAUAUCUUAAAUUCACUAAGUUUUUGUUAGAAAAAGUUAAGUCACAGAAUACUGUGCAGUUUUACAGUGCCCAUUCCUCACGAUCCAGUACUGUGCUCAACGUUUCAAAAGCAUUCCAAAAGUUUUGAAAAGUAAAAAACACAUAACGCUCCUUAAUUUAACUCCCUGGUUGCCAUAAGUGUUUUUGAAUGUACAACAGUAUGCUCUUGCCCCUUCAGCAUUUGCCAGUAUUUCACAGUAUUUGUCCCACUUCUGCAAACCCCAUUGACAAUAAAGUGGGAAGACCACUAUACUAUUCUUAAAACAAAGGAUAAAAAAUGUCAGUGCCAAUGCUUUUCAGUGGGAAAUAUGAAGAUAGCCUGCCGCAGCAUGAGGAUGAGGAGCUGGAGGAGGGCGAGCUGGAAGAUGACGGUGGCGAGGCGGAGGCCGCCGGCGGAGGGGGCGAGGCCCCGGAGAAGCCCCGGCGGAGUAAGGAGCGCCACGCCAGCGGCUCGGACGACGACAAGGCCCACCGCCGCAAACGGAAGAGGAGGAAAGAGCGAGAGCGGGAGAAGGAGAAAAGGAGGGCCAAGAAGAGGCGCAAAUCCAAGCACAAACGUCACGCCUCCUCCAGCGAUGACCACUCAGACUUUUCAGACGAUUCGGAUUACAGCCCCAGUGAGAAGAGGAAGUAUCGGGAGUACAGCCCUCAGUACCCCCCUCCUUCCCACGGGGGCUACCCCCCUCCCCCUCCUCACGGUGGGCCCGUGCCCAAGAAGGGGGGCUACAUGAAGUUGGACAAGCAGGGCUACGGGGGCUACGACGAUUACGAGGAGGAAACCUACGAGGCGGAGGAGGACGAGGACAUGGGCGAGGAAGACUAUGACGACUUCGCCAAGGAGCUAAACCAGUACCGCAAGGCCAAAGAAGGCGGCGGUGGUGGAGGUGGUGGUGGUGGCGGCGGCGGCGGAGGCGGCGGAGGCGGAGGUGGUGGCGGUAACAACAACCGGGGUGGCAGAGGCAUGAACCGCGGGGCCAGAGGAGGAAAAGGGCGCCUCAAGAACCAGCGAGGGCGUGGCAGAGGAAUGAGGGGCCGUGGGGGGAGGGGAGGUGGAGGGAGAGGCCGGGGGCGGGGCAAGAUGGUUGGGGAAAAUGACGACGGGGAUGGGAUGAUGUAUGGAGAUGAAAUGGAGUACAUGGAUGAUGAUUACGACAAUAUGGGUGAUGACGACUAUGAUGACUAUUCCAAAGAGCUGAACCAGUACAGGAAGUCCAAGGACCGCGGUCGAGGUGGCAAAGGAGGUCGAGGGCGUGGCAGGGGGAAGGGCGGCAGGGGCAUGGGUCGCGGCCGGGGGAGGAACAGGGGCCGGGGCCGGGGUGGAGACCAAGGCCACGACGAGGACAACAAUGGUGACAUGGACAUGGGGGAUGGGGGCGGCGGCCGGGGGCGAAACGACCAGGACAAGCACGGACAGGACAAGAAAGGGAAGGCCAUCUGCAAGUACUACAUCGAGGGCCGCUGCACCUGGGGGGAGCACUGCAACUUCAGCCACGACAUCGAGCUCCCGAAGAAGAAGGAGCUGUGCAAGUUCUACAUCACGGGCUUCUGCGCGCGGGCGGAGAACUGCCCCUACAUGCACGGCGACUUUCCCUGCAAGCUGUUCCACACGACGGGCAGCUGCGUGAACGGAGACGAGUGCAUGUUCUCCCACGAGGCGCUGACGGACGACACCCAGGACCUGCUGGACAAGAUGUUGGCGGAAGACGCGGAGGCGGGCGCUGAGGAUGAGAAGGAGGUGGAGGAGCUGAAGAAGCAGGGGAUCAACCCUCUGCCAAAACCCCCGCCCGGCGUAGGCCUCCUGCCGACCCCGCCCCGGCCCGGCCCCGCCGACACUUCCGCCCCCCAGGAUUUUGGGCCCCCUGGCCCCCCGCCCGGCCCUAUGGCCCCGCCGGGUCCCUCCGGCCCCUGUCCCGGCCCCCCUCCUCCCUGCCCGGACGGAGGCCCCUUCCUGGGCCCGCCCAACCCCAACGGCCCUCCCCCGCCCCCCAUGGGCCCCCCGCCCCCCUGUCCCGGGAACGCGGGGAAGAAGAUCCCCUCGCUGUUCGAGAUCGUGGUGCAGCCUACGGGACAGCUUGCUCAGAAGCUGGGCGUCAGGGGGCCAGUGCCUGGUGCCCCGCCCGGUCCUCCUGGGCCCCCCGGACCCCCCGGACCCCCCGGUCCCCCGGGCGGGCCCCCUCCUCGGUUCCCCGGCCCCCCUCCGCCAGGACACAUGGGCCCCGCACCCCCCGGCAUGAUGCCCCCCGACAUGCCUCCCAUGGGCCCCCCUGGCAUGAACCAAGGGCCCCCGCCAAUGAUGCCAGGCUUUGUACCCGGAGAGGGGCCCCCGCAUCCGGGUAUGAUGCCCCCCGGGCCCCCACCCCCUGGGGGCAACUACUUCGACAACUUCUACCACCAGCAGCAGGGCCUGGAGAUGGAAGGGGAAGGGGAGCAGGGAGAGGAGUACCAGGACUACAGCAGCAUGGAGGUGGGCGAGGGCGGGACCUUCAGCGAGCAGGCCUCCGCCGGGGGCGGCCCGGGCGCCAUGAUGGGAGCCGAGGGCGCGGCCAGCGGCGGCUCGUCCAAUCAGCAGCCCGGGCUGACGGUGCCGGACUUCCUGCCCCCGGCCCAGCGCGUGCUGUUCAUGCGCAUCCAGCAGAAGCAGCAGGAGGAGGAGGAGCGCGCGCGGAGGCUGGCUGAGGGCGGGGCCGAGCGCGACACGGAAGGUGACUCGGCGAACUGGUAUUCCAGUGAGGAUGAGGAUGGUGGCGGCAGCGUCACGUCUAUCCUGAAGACCCUCCGGCAGCAGACGCAGGGCCCAGCCAAGCCGGAGGGCGGCCCCAGCGACCCCCGCCUGCAGAAGGCCACGCCCCUGCAGCCCGCAGCCCGCCCAGCGGACCCCCGCCUCGCCCGCGACCCCCGCCUCUCACGGGCCGCGGACUCCGCCCUGUCCGCCGAGGGCAGCCCGUCCGCCGCCUCUCCCUCCUCCUCCUCCUCCUCCUCCGCGUCCAGCGCCCCCGCGGACCCCCGCCUCGCCCGCCACGCCGCCUCCGCCGCCGCCCUGCCCCCCAAGCCCGACGCGCCCCACAAGCCCCCGGCCCCGGGCCCCGGGGAGGAGGAGGAGGCGGAGCGGGUGCUGCGGGACAAGCCGGUGCCCAUCCCGCUGGACCCGCUGAUGGGCAUGACCCUGCGCGACCCGCGCUCCCAGCUGCAGCAGUUCAGCCACAUCAAGAAGGACAUCAUCCUGCACAAGCCCCACUUCUCCAAGGCCGUGCUGUGGAACCCCGAGGACCUGAUCCCCCUGCCCCUCCCCAAGCAGGACUUCCUGCCCCUCCCCCCCGGCAUCCCCCCCGUGGCGUCGCUCGACCCCCGGCUCACGCGCGCCCAGCAGCUCAUGCACACCGCGCCCCCCCUGGCCGCCCCGGCCCCGCCCGCCGACCCCCCCGCCAGCUCCCUCCCGGACUUCGAGCUGCUGUCCCGCAUCCUCAAGACGGUCAACGCCUCCGGCCCCGGCUCCGCCCCCACGCCGGCCCCGCCCUCGGCGCUCCCGGGGGCGGCCCCGGCGGUGCCUGUGGAGAAGCCGAUGGACCCCCGCAUGGCGCGCAAAGCCGCCGCAGACCCGCGGCUCCAGCCCCAAAAAUCUGCCCUCAAGCAGCCCUCGGAGCCCCCCGCCCCCCAGGCCUCCGCCUCCCCGGCCCCCGCGCUCCCCCCCUCCCCCACGCCCACCAUCGCGCCCUACGACCCGCGGCUGCUGUCCUCGGGCGGGGCCGGGCGGGGCGUGGGCGGGGCGGGCGGGGGCCAGAGCAGCGUGCUGAGCGGGAUCAGCCUGUACGACCCGCGGACUCAGAGCGCGGGCAAGGCCGAGGGCCCCGCCCCCUCCGCCAGCACGCCGGCCGCCGAGCCCGCCAAGCCCAAGGCCAAGGAGCCGCUGUUCGUGCGCAAGUCUGCGCUGGACCAGCCCGAGGCGGAGAAGGGCGCGGCCGGCGGCGAGCCCGCCACGGACCGCUACAACAGCUACAACCGGCCCCGGCCCAAACCCGCCCCCUCGCCCUCCGGGGGGGUGGGAGCGGGCGGAGCCGCCGCCGCCGCCGCCGCCUCCUCGUCCUCCUCCUCGGGCGGGCCGGGCGGGGCGGGCCCCUCGGAGCAGCCGCCCGCCCCCGCCGUGCACAACCUGCCCGUGUCCACCCUGUUCAGCAUGGUGAAGCAGGCCAGCAAGCCCAGCGGCCCCGGCAGCCCCGCCCAGCCCGACAGCGCCGAGCAGGACGCCGCCUCCCUCAAGGACGUCUUCAAGGGCUUCGACCCCACGGCCUCGCCCUUCUGCCAGUGAGCUCCGCCCCCUCCUCCCUGCCCUCCCUUUUUAAACGCGACAGAGCGCCGGGGCGGGGGGCUCGGGCUGGUGACACAGACGCUAGCUCACGCGGGCGCGCCCCGCCCCGCCUCCCCCUGCACUCGCUGCAGUGUCGGAAACUUCUAGAACAGACUUAAGGGUGGGUGGGGUGGGGGUUAUGGAUGUGAAAAAGAGAGAAAAACAAAACUUCUAUUUUAAAACAAACUAGAAAAACAUAUAAGUAAAUGUAUUCCCUUUACACGAGUCCCUCCCUAAUUUGCAAGGGGAAAAAAAGAAUGAAAUGUGUACGUGUACGCGAGUUAAGAUUCUGAGAGGCCUUGUGUUUCCCCCGCGGCAGUGACGUCAGUGCUAAUUUAAGAUGGCCUCUGUCAAGUUUCCUCCCACUCUGCGGCCCUCCCCCUCAGUCCUGACGGGAGGGCUGUUUGUCUUGCUGAGCUAUGGCUUCCGGGCGCGCGUUUCGCGGCUCGUCCCGUCCUGCCGAGAAGGGGGGGGGACACCGAAGAAAAAGCUCGGCGCCCCGCGUCCCCCCCCCCAGUUCCGGCCGCUAGCCGCUAGCGCUCGCCACUUUCCUUUUGCUUCAUCUCACGUUUUCCUCUGUCUCCCUCUGCCCUCGACGGGUUGGCCCUGGUGUGGACUGUGCGUGGUCGCAUCGCUUUUUUAAGUCUUUUAGCUCUGUGUUGCAGCACACCAGCAUUAGCCUUGCCUGUUCGCUUGUAUGUUCUUUUUUUGGCUUGGGGGGGGGCCGGGGGUUAAUGAGGUCAGACCUGGCUUACCGCCUCCCCUUCUACGGAAAGAAGAAACUGUACUGUAUCCACUCCUGUUUGCCUCUGACUUUUUUCACAUGUAAUAGGAUUAUUAUUUAUUUUUUUAUACUUAACAAAAUCGGCUACUUCUAUCAUUGGACAUUUUGACCCGAUCGGUUUUAUUUGUUUUGUUUUUUUUCCCCCUUUGUUCUUCAACUGCGUUCUCAUAUUGGGAUAAAAAUGUGUGAAAUGGAAUACUGGUGGAAGGGGGGGGGGGGGGCGGAUAAUAUUUGACAGAAUUUUUUAAUACAAAAAAAAAAGCAACAAAAAAAAAAAUCGAACUGCACUUUUCCGUUGGGUCCGGACACGGAAACUCGUACCAGCGCAUAGUUAUGUUUUUUUUCUUUUCCUUGUGCUGAAAAUGGCCAGCUUUGUAAAUCUGAAGUCCUCGUCUGAAAUAAAGGAGGCGGCGUUUUUUGUAAGCCUUCAAUGUCGGUGAAGUUUGUGAAGUAAUUAAUAAAGCCGAAACGGGCUGAACUUCAGAGCGAGCGGUCAGGGUGAAGGUCCAGCGUCGUUCUGCUCCAGUGUGAAGCCUCACGGACAGGAUGGUUCAGCGCCACCCUCCCCCCCCCCCCCCCCACACACUGCUGAACUGUGCCCCUGUCCCACUCGACCAGUCUUUGUGUGUCCCCUCUACCUGAAUUCAGGAUGCUACGUCAGCGAUGUCCAGCAAGCUCAUCUCUCCAGAGACUUUCCCUCAAAGAUUUCUGAGACACUUUCCAGUUUCACAGGUGUAAAGUUAACUCGCCAGAUCUGGAGAUGGUGAAGCAGAUGUUUUUAAAUAUUAUUCUUGUACAUUGAAUUGAUAUUAAAGGUAAAAAAAGUACAACUGUGCCCUUUCCUGACCCAUGUUAUUAAUAAGCAGUUUAUUUUUUUUCCUGUACUGUUGGGAGAUUGGACGGAUCGAAACGAUGGCUCACUGGCCGGUGCUGGGAAGCAUUGCAGUGCACACGCUGAUGCAGUGUAAGCAGGCUGUUCAUCACUUUGAUUCUCAUUGAAGGGGGAUGGAGAUGGGCUCAUGCCCAGUUGCAUAUUUUUAGUUUGCAGCCACAGGAACAAACCCUGCUCUUGGGCAUUGUAUUGUAGAUGGUCCCUGGACCAGUGUAGGGAGGGGCUGUUAUUUUGGGCCCCAUUAAAGCAAAGCACAUGAAAAUCCUGGUGACCUCCCUGGCAGAAGCUCUGCUUUUUAAAGAAAUAUUUUUGUACAGUUCUAAUUUUGAGUAGAAUAUAAAACCUGGCCCUGUCCACAGAAACCAUCGUUGAUGUGUUUGUUUUUUGUAUAGUGUGCAAUAUAAACUUGCGUGUACUAUUUUUGUAAGUAAACUCUUGUCACACGGUUUUGUUUUGUGUUUUAAAAAUGUAUUUUUACAACGUUACUGAAUUGUGGGUUGGAUAUAUUGGGAAGCCUGAGAACUGAACAACAUAACUGCUCACAUAAUCCCACUUAAGCGAACACAGAGGUGAUUUUAAAUGGUGUAUAUUUAUUAAAAGAAAAGCUGCAUCAUUAUGAAAUCUAA